AUGAUAACGGAACCACAAAGAGUACACGAGUUCCUAGCUGAUUGUAUGAUGGAGAUGUCGCCAGUCAAGCGGAAGACCGAGACGCUAGACUGCGGCUUCUUUGGCUGUUUGUUUAGAACUCAACGGGAGAGCCAGUGUACAGGAAAGUUGCAGUGGUGGAAAAUUUCUUCGACAUCAUCUACAACGUUCACGUGGAUCUAG